AUGUAUAUCCAGCGGACUCUUCUGCUGCUGGGCGUGGCUUCUCUGCUGGCUAGCGGCCAGGCACAUAGUCUACCCGGUGUACCGAAUAGCUUUACCACCGAGGAGCGGCUCACAGCUGCCAUUUCAGCCAGCGUAGCGGAAGAGAUUAGCCAAGAGUUUGUGAAGUACCUGAAAACGGGCCUCGAAUCACCCAGAUUGCAGCAACUAGGCGCUGAGCUGUGCACGGCACACAGCCAGAAGGAUAUUUUUACCGAGUCACUUGUGGAUUUGAGUGCAGCCGAUCAAUAUUUUGCGUGCACACUCUGCCGCGCCACAGUCAAUGUGAUUGGACGCACAUUUACGGGGCCCAAUGGCGAGCUCACUGGACCAAAUCGCGAUGAGAAUGCAAAGAAGACAUUGCUUAGCAUUUGCGAUUACUUCAGCAUUCAGACGCCGGAGGUAUGCUCCGGACUAUUCGAUCUCAACUGGCCGAUUCUCGAUUACAUCUUCAAUGAAACAGUUGCCGAGGCGCAGAGCAUUUGCGGCAUGCUGCCCAUUAAAAUAUGCCAGCUGCAGCAGCCGGAGUACAGCCUAAACUUGACCAUUGUCGGCGAGAUGCCCACGGAAUCGAACUCUGCAUUGCCCGAGCGCAGCGAAAAUGAUUAUCACGUGCUCCACCUAACCGAUAUCCACUACGAUCCGGAGUACAAGAGCGGCAGCUUGGCGGACUGUGCGGAACCCAUGUGCUGUCGGGAUCCCCUGCCAGCUGACGCCACCUCAACUGGCGCUGGCUACUGGAGUGACUAUCGCAAUUGCGACACGCCCAGGCAUCUGAUUGUGAAUGCCUUCGAGCACAUUAGCGAGAAUCACAAACUGGAUUGGAUCUAUCACACGGGCGACGUGCCGCCACACAAUGUGUGGUCCACCACGAGGCAGGGCAACAUGGAUAUGCUAACAGAGAUCGAUGCAUUGAUCACAAGUCAUUUUCCCGAAAUUCCAGUCUAUCCCUGUCUGGGCAACCAUGAGCCGCAUCCAGCGAAUGUUUUUGGCAACGAUGAGAUACCCGACUCGCUGAGAGUUGAUUGGCUGUACGAGCACGUCUGGAGCCUAUGGAAAAAGUGGUUGCCCAAAGAAGCUGAGGCAACCGUACGCCGUGGUGGCUACUACACGCACUCGCCCAAAGCAGGACAUCGCAUCGUUGCGCUCAACAGCAUGGACUGCUAUCUGUAUAACUGGUGGGUCUUCUACAACGGAUCUAUUGUGCUGGAACAGCUGCAGUGGUUCCACGACACGCUGCUUGCUGCUGAAAAGGCCGGCGAACAUGUGCAUGUGCUGACACAUAUACCCUCGGGCGAUGGCGACUGCUGGACGGACUGGUCCAGGGAAUACAAUCGCAUUGUGGCUCGCUUCAGCAAGGUCAUAACGGGCAUCUUCAAUGGGCACACGCACAAGGAUGAGAUGAAUGUUCACUACACGGAGACGGGCCUGGCUGUGGCCGUCUCCUGGAAUGGUGGCAGCCUGACGAGCUACUCCUACAUGAAUCCCAAUUAUCGUGUGUACGAGCUGCAUCCGGAGACAUUGCAGGUGCUGGAGCAUCACACUUAUAUACUCAAUCUGACCGAGGCAAAUCUCAAGCCCGAUGAGCCGCCCAUUUGGCACAAGGAGUACGAAUUUGGACAACAGUUUACUGCGAACACAAGUCCCGCUGGCAUUGACGAGCUGCUCGAGAAAAUGGCCAAGCAGCCGGAUAUUCUGCGCAAGUUCUGGCGCUACAAGAUGACCGAAGCGGAUCCAAAACUGGCUGCCGGCUGCGAUGACAGCUGCCUGAACACCACCCUGUGCCGCCUGGCGACCAGCAACUACAAGGAGAGACAGCGCUGUCGCGAGCUGCAGGCCAUACUCAAGGAUAGUCUUGACAAGGAGAAUCCCGAGCAGCCGCAGGACGAUGGUGUCGCCGCACUGGCGGCUUACAGCUUCACCAGUCUGUUGGGUCUCGUGUGUGUGGUGCGAUAUUUGCUUUAGCUGCCAAUUGAACCAUCUUUAAUCUUUGAACAGUGGCUGGCCAGUGCCCUAUCUUUGUUGGCUGUCGCACAAUGAUUAUAGUUGCUUUUUUAUGGCACAUCGUUAUUAAUUAGUUCGAUUAGCAGCGCGUCCAUAAAUUGC